UCUGCUUAUACUGUUUAAUUUCAUUUCAGUUAAAAUGAAUGCUUGAUUCGCAGAUUUACUUUUGAAUAAUCUUGAAUACAAUGGCCACCGGCGAAAUCGCCUGUACUUACGCUGCGUUGAUCCUCCACGACGAUGGAAUCUCAGUCACCGCCGAGAAGAUUGCUACAUUGGUGAAGGCGGCGAACGUGAGCGUUGAAUCUUACUGGCCAAGCCUUUUCGCUAAGCUCCUCGAGAAUGUCAACGUCGAUGACGUCAUCACGAACGUUGGUUCCGGUGGUGGUGGUGCUCCUGUUGCAGUUUCUGCUUCCUCUAGGGCGGCUUCCGACGGUGCUGCUUCGGCCGCUCCCGCUGCUGCAGAGAAAAAGGAAGAGAGUGAUGAUGACAUGGGAUUCGGCUUGCUUGAUUAA